AAUUCGUACCAUUUCGGUAUAUUUAUCUCUGUUUAAUAUAAUUGUCGCGACGUCAGUGCGGCCUGAUAACCCCCCUUAAACCAUGUUAGAUCUAUGUCCGUGUUUAUUUCUUCCAUUUAUCAGUUUGAGACACUCGAAAAAGCGAUAAAUGUGCAAGUGUCGGCUCGAAGAUGUCAGGUGAACAAGAAGGUAUCAGAUACAGAAGAGCACAAAGUGUUACAAGAGCCGAAGAGAUACAAGCCGUCAAACAAAAAGUCAGAAAAUCGCAGCCCGAUAAGCCGAUACACAAACCGCGGGAUUCCCUGCUAUCAUGGAAUUCGGGCUUCGAGAAUUUCACAGGGUUCGUCAAUUGGGCCUUUUUGCUGUUAUCAAUCGGGGGGCUGCGCCUCCUACUCGAGAAUUUCAUCAAGUAUGGCAUUCGAGUGGACCCGGUCCAGUGGUUUUACAUACUCACCGGCCAGGAUGAACAAGGAACGGAGCAUCCGUCCAUAGUUUUGAUACUCUAUUCGGUGGUUCCCAUAAUUUUUUGCCUUCUCACCGAAAAAGCUCUAGCUGUUGAAAUUAUUUCGCGUCGUAUGGGGAUGAUGAUGCAUGUGGUCAAUCUUCUAGUCCUGAUCUUUCUACCAAUGGUUGUCAUACAUUACAAAGACGGGUUUAGUUUAGUGGGGGCUUCCACCGUUACCACCCUGUAUAGUGUCUUAUUUUUGAAAUUGUGGUCGUACGUCCAGGUGAAUUUAUGGUGCCGUAACGCGCGCCAAAGUUCAAACAAUAAGAGUCUCCGGCGCCAGUCUCUCUCGUACAACAACUUGCCGAAAGACGAAGACAGUAACAAAAACCACAAAGACUCCAAAGACGAUUUGAGCAAUACCGAGAGACUCCUCGUGCAAUACCCUGACAAUCUAAACUUACGAGACUUGUUUUACUUCCUGUGCGCUCCCACGCUGUGCUACGAAUUGAACUUUCCGCGCACGGAGCGCAUCCGGAAACGCUUCCUCCUGAAACGAAUCUUCGAAGUUCUGGCGGGCAUCCAACUAAUCUUGUGCAUCUUCCAGCAAUACAUGAUCCCGUCCGUGAAGAAUUCGCUCAUUCCGUUCAGCAACAUGGACGUAGCGCUCGCGUCCGAACGCUUGCUGAAACUGGCGAUUCCCAACCACUUGGCAUGGCUGUGCAUGUUUUACAUUCUGUUCAACUCGUGGCUUAAUUUAUUAGGGGAAAUACUGCACUUUGCCGAUCGGAAUUUCUACGGGGAUUGGUGGAAUGCCAACAACAUUGACACGUUCUGGCGCACGUGGAAUUUGCCGGUGCAUCGCUGGGCGUUGAGACACUUGUAUUUUCCUUUAGUGGAGCUGGGUUACGGCAAGCAGGUCGCCGGGAUCACCGUGUUUUUCAUCAGUGCCUUCUUCCACGAGUACAUGGUCAGCGUGCCGUUGAAGACGUACAAGAUCUGGGCCUUCAUGGGCAUGAUGGGCCAGAUCCCGCUCAGCAACAUCUCCAAGUUCAUGGAGCGCAGCUACGGGGCCCGAAUGGGCAAUAUCGUGGUCUGGGCCUCGCUGAUAAUCGGGCAGCCGCUCUGCAUCAUGAUGUACUACCACGACUACGUCAUCACCCAUUACGGGCAGUCGCUGCUGGAGGACUACGGGCAUGUGUAACGACUGAUUAGGUUUAGGUUUUUUAUUGGUUACCAUUGUUUAAUAAAACUGUGAGAAAACGGA